AGAGAAAGCAGGAGUUGACUAUUUUAGGUGUUGAUGGGUGGCAACUCUCUUUUUAUUGCCUUUCGACUGUCUACACAUAUUGCUCCCACUAUUUUCUCUCUCUAGAAAUCUCCUUCUUGACGCGAGAGAGAUAGAGAGAGAGAGAGAGAGGAUGUAUCUAUCUACGGGGUACAUGUAUCAUGUAUGUAAUUGUUGUAUCUAUAUAUUAAUAUUGUUCAAGUCAAACGAACAUUUAGCCGGCUGAGCCCUCGCCACCAAAUUCUCUCUACUUUUUAAAGAAAAAAAAAGUUGCAAUUUUUUUUCACAACUAACUGGAGCAGAACUAAUCUGUGAAAAAGGAAGGAAUUUGCAGUGAAUUUAUAAAACCCAAGAGUCGAGUAUUUGAAUACCUGCCUAUGAAUGUUUGCUUCACAAUUACUGAGAAUUCUCCAAACCAUCCCGAGUGAUGCGAAGCGUGAAAGCUGUGUCUAUGACUCAGCUGAACAAGACACAACAAUGAAGGAAAACCCGACGCUUUACCAAUCUCAAACUUUACAGAGAGAGGAUGUUCCUCCUCUGGUCUCGUUCGAGAGUAAUAAAGAAAUAUAUGUAAGAGAAACAAAUCCUCCAUUAUUCGAUGCAAAAGGACGUACCGACGAGCUUUGGAGAGGAAAUUCUACGGGAGAGGAAAUUACAAUUAGGCCCUUGUGCCGUGUAAGCAGUUUGGACGAGGAUGAAGAAGAUUCGUUGUGUUCGGACAAGGAUCUUGAAAAUCUUAUGACGGAUCAAAUUAGGCCCGUUUGUCGUCCGAGCAGUUUCGAGGAGGAGGAGGAUGAUGAUGUGGAUUCGGAAUCUUUCGGAACAAAUGCUAAAGAGAAAGAAGAGAAAGAGCAAGAAUAUCCUUUGACAGUCGAGGAGUUUACGGACAUACUUUCGAGUGAGAGUUCUCCGUUUAUCUCUCCUGUCGAUUUGUUCGAGACGGACACGAAGCCGUACGACGACGAUGAGAAUGAAUCGGAAUACGAAAAGCCAGAGAUUAUAGUUUGCUACAAAGAGAUCAAUUAUCAUGUUGUGGAGGAUUUACGCAUGAAUAUGUCUGUGAAUGAUGAUGAUAAUAAUACAGAAGAAGCUUCCGAUAUGGAAGUUUUUGUGUCUGACGAGUUCGCCACGUCAUCAUCGGACAAUACGAAUAGGGUGGAGGUUAUUAUCUUUCCUGUCGAAGAGGAUGGGAGCGAAGAAGAAAGCCGAGACAAAUUACUUGGUCAGGAAAGUCCAGCUUUCCCGCCGUCAGAAAACCCGACUUUGAUCGAUGCUUCGGAAAAGAGAUCUUUCGUGGAUAAAACUCUCCCGAUUCAAGAAUUCGGCACGCGGAGUUUUCUCAGAUCUUUUAUAAAUUCUUUUGAUGGUGACGAUAGUACUAAUAAUAAUAGUUUUAAAGUCGAACAUCUGCAAGAUCAGGAGAUUUCUUCGUCAGAAGCAGGGCCGAAGGGAGAUCAUGUGCAAGCAAGUAGCUUAUCUUUCAAGAGUAAAGUCGAAAAUGGCAGCAUUACUUUCAAUUUCAAAUCGCCAGCACCAGCGCCAGCGCCAGCUGGCGUUACGAAACCGGUAACUGAAAACAUCGAGGAACAGUCUAUUAUUGGCUCAGGCAAUCCCUCAAAUGCUACUACUACUAGCAUAGGAGAAAUCGAAGAAGAAAAACCCCUCAAAACAGCCGACGAUGUUUUUGUUUUUUCCGACGAUUAUUCUUCCACUACCAAGAAAGUUGAUAAAUUGGAAAUGGAAAUUGUAACCCCAAAAACAAUUCCGAGCGUUGCUAAAGAAUCUAGUAGUGAUGAUGGUGUUUCUUCUAGUGGCAAGAGCGUAAAUUCGGUGAAUAGUGAGGUCACUCUUGGGGGAUCGAAUUUUCUGAAGCGGGACGAAGGAGAGACGAGCUUCUCUGCUGGUGGUCUUAUCACUUUCUCGGGUCCAGCAGCAUAUUCCGGAAGCAUCUCCCAUCGAUCCGACGGCAGUGCAACUAGUGGCAGAUCUUUCGCUUUUCCAGUAUUGCAAGAGGAAUGGAAUAGCAGUCCAGAGAGAAUACCGAAAGAAGGUGUCGGGAGAGAUUUUCGGAAACACAAGGGAUGGAGAUCAGGCCUUCUUUGCUGUAGAUUUUGAAGGGUUCUUUUUUUCGGACAAUUGGUACUAGGUUGUUAUAUUAGUGCAGAUAUACGAUGAUAAAUUUUUAAAUCGUAAGGAUUUGUGGGGUUGCUGCUAUUUAUUCAUACAUGUUGAUAUAUAUUUUUUUCCUAGGCUUGGUUUGCAUUAUUAUCGCUUCUCCGAGUCCGCUUGCCGGGGGAUUUUUGUUUAAAAUUCUUGGAACAAAAUUUAUCGAUUUAUUCAAUUUUCGUGCCCGUUUUGAGGUGUUUUAUUA